UGUAGUUGUUAAUUAUACUAGCAAUUUUUUCAAAAGUUUAAGUUAUUAGGAUACGGGUUUAUAAUACACAUUAUACACAUAACAGGUUAUACCGUUAUAGGACAUGGGAGCAUCCUAACAAUAGCAAGGGACACAAUGUAUAACCAACAUGGGAUUGAGGAAGAGGCAGCACGAAGUUGGGAAGAGUUUGUUGUUAAAAGGGAUUGUCACUAAACAUUUGAAAGAAUCAUAAAUAGAUGUACACAGCGCUGCUCCCUUUGGCUAUUGACAACACCAAAGAGGAGGAGGAAGAAGUGCAACAAAAAUGGCGGAGAGUAGCAUCUGGUUUUUCGUAGAGAAACUGAGUGCCUUGGUUUCACAACAAGCCUCGCUAUUUGGGGCAGUAGAAGGGCAGGUCAGGCUGCUCCGAAACGAGCUGCAGUGGAUCCGUCAGUUCCUGGAACAUGCUAGUGCUGAGACUAGGUACCUCAAAAUGUCCGAUCUGGCCCCUAGACAAGAGACAACGUUCGUGCUGUGGGUGAAUCAGCUCAGAGAUGCAGCUUAUGAUGCUGAAGAUGCCAUUGAUGAAUUCAUAUUCCAGGUGCAACGCAAACGGCAGCAGAGACUCAAUAAUAUCAAGUUCCUCAACUUGUUACCCGCAUGCGUGGGCUUGGCUGACAAGUUGCCGCUUGUGAGUGACCUCAAUGGGCGUAUCAGUCAGAUCAAUAUCACACUUGAGAAGAUUUUGAUUAAUAAACAGAGGUACGGCAUGGAGUAUGAACCUGGGGGGUACUCCGAUCAAAUGGUGGGCAGUGAAUGGAAGAGGAAGAGUAUUUCCGGAACUGUUGAAGAAACCAACUUAGUGGAGAUGACAAAUGAUGUGGAAGCUGUAAAGGGAAUGCUGUUAGAGGGAGCAAUGGAAAGAGUAGUGGUGGCCAUCUUGGGGAUGGGUGGCCUUGGCAAAACUACUCUUGCCAAGAAAGUUUACAACGACGGUGCUGUUCAGAACCACUUUGGCCGUUAUUGUGCUUGGGUUUAUGUAUCUCAAGAGUACAGUACUAUCCGGGAACUUUUGCUUGGGAUCGCUAGUUGUAUCAUGACUCUCACCGACGAACAAAAACGUAAAAAUGAAAAUGAAUUGGGAGAAGAGGUUUAUAAAUGUCUCCAAGGAAAUAGGUACUUGAUAGUACUUGAUGAUAUAUGGAACAUCGAUGUUUGGCGCGGGUUGAGGUCAUAUUUUCCUGCAGAAUCAAAUAAGAGCAGAGUGUUGAUCACUACUCGCAGAUAUGAUAUUGCUGUGGAUGCUCAUUCAGAUUGCUAUGAACUUCGACCUCUGGGUGAAAAGGAAAGCUGGGAGCUGUUUCUCAACAAAGUAGGGAGUGCAGCAGUACUGAAAUGGCCAGGAUCGGAGGAAUUCAAAAAGGAGAUUGUAGCAAAAUGCAAAGGUUUACCUCUUACAAUUGUGGUGCUUGGAGGACUUUUAUCACUGAAAGAUCUGACACGAGACUCAUGGCUGAAAGUGCUUAAAAGAAUGGAUUGGCAUCUAAGUCAAGGUCCCGACUCCUGUUUGGGAAUUCUUGCACUGAGCUAUAACGACUUACCCUCUUACUUGAAGCCCUGCUUUCUUUACUGUGGGGUUUUUCCAGAGGGCUCAGAAAUCAAAGCAAGUAAGUUGAUUCGCUUGUGGGUUGCUGAAGGAUUUGUACAAAAACGGGGAAAAGAAACGCUGGAAGACAUUGCAGAAGACUACCUAUACGAGUUGAUCCAGAGAAGCAUGAUUCAGGUGGCUGAUGCGAGAGUCGAUGGAAGUGUGAAGUCUUGCCGUAUACACGACCUGCUUCGAGAUCUUGCCAUUUCAGAAGCUAAAGAAGAAAAAAUUUUCGAGGUAGAUGAAAACAUUGAUGUGGACGAGCUUCCUACUCGUGUUCGUCGACUGAUCAGUAAUAUUAAUCAGACCAUCUCUCCGCAUUUGCAAAAUUCUAAUCUCCGAUCGUUGAUCUUCAAUAGAUCCUUAGAUGAAAGAGGUAGGGUAUUUUUAUAUAAAUACCCUAAAUUGCUUCGGAUCCUGCACAUGGACUGGGUGCAGUGUACAGUAAUGUCUGGAUGUAAAGUAUCAAGACAUAUAGGAAGACUCAUCUACCUGAAAUAUUUAUGCUUGAGGGGAAUGGAGUGGGAAAUACGGCUACCACCAUCAAUCGGUAGACUUGUUAAUUUGGAAACCCUUGAUUCAGGUAACAAUUUUAUUUUCAUACCCCAUACAAUUUGGAAAUUGAAGCAAAUGAGACAUCUAAAUUGUUGGAGAGGUAGGAUCUCAUCAAGGCAGUCAAUGAGAGAGAGGUGGGUGGAAGGCCAUUUGGGUGUCCAUCAAAUGACCAACCUUCAGACAUUAUAUUUAGAGGGUGGCGAUUGGUUGAAGGAUAACAACUUGGGAAAACUGGCCCACCACCUAAAGCAAUUGAAGCUAGACCUUUAUUCUCACCCAAAGUUGAAGGAGGAGUCGUUCCGAUCUAUAGCCCAAUUAACUGGGCUUCAAAAGCUGAAGUUGGAAACUGAUAAUUUUAUAGAAAGCGAGGGAUUGUCAACAUCAACACCAAUUCUAUUCCCAGGUCUGGAGUCUUUCUCACACCACAAGUGCCUCUACGAAUUGCAUCUACUGGGACCCAUCCGAAAACUACCCGUGGAAACAACACUCUAUCCUCCGAAUCUCAUGCAACUCAAACUGCUUCGUACUAAAAUGGAGGAAGAUCCAAUGCCAAUACUAGGGAGGCUGCCAAACUUGAGGAUUCUCAUAUUAUUACAAGAUUCUUAUGUGGGUACGGGAAUGAAUUGUCCUCAUGGAGGGUUCCUUCGACUUGAAUUCCUACAAAUGCAGGACCUGUGGCUUCUAGAAGACUUGUCAGCGGAGGAAGGAGCAAUGCCUAAUCUGAAGACAUUGAAAAUUGAGUAUUGUCACAAAAUGAGGAAGUUCCCACAUGGAUUAUUGCAGCUGAAAAAGCUCCAAAGACUAAACCUCUAUGGUCUAUCCCAAGAAUUGAUGAGUGGGGUUUUAGAGACACAAGGAGAAGAUUGGAAUUGGAUCCGUCGUAUAAUCACCUCCUAGUACCUCCCUGAUAGCCUUCUAUAAGAUAUUAAUUUGGUUUUUGAUGCAAUU